AUGCAACAAAGAGAAAAGGAGACAUUCCGUGAAUACGCGCAAAGGUGGCGCGAAAUUGCAGCACAGGUUGUUCCACCUAUGGAAGAAAAGGAGAUGACGAAAGUGUUCUUAAAGACUCUUGAUACUUUUUAUUACGAGAGGAUGAUUGCAAGCGCUCCUACAGACUUUACUGACAUGGUAAACAUGGGAGUCCGUUUAGAGGAAGCAGUUCGAGAAGGGCGUCUAGUCAGAGAAGGAAGUUCAUCUUCAAGCGGGGCAAAGAGGUACGGCGGUUUUAUGAAAAAGAAGGAACAAGAAACUAAUGCUGUGUCCUAUAAUCAUCCAAGAAGGAUCAAUUAUCCUUACCAUUCCCAACACCAACAUAUAGCAGCCGUGACUCCAGUAAUCACUUCCGCUCCAGUUCAAGUCCAAUACCCUCAGCAGCGUACCAACCGCUUCCAACAGAAUACUCAGUAUCAGCAACAACAUCAACCUCAACAACAUCAACAUCAGUUACAACAACGUCCACCACAGCAGCAAAGAAGAACCAAUUUUGAUCCAAUUCCAAUGUCAUAUGCAGAAUUGUAUCCAGCUUUGAUCACUAAAAACCUUGUGCAACCACGACCACGACCUCUUGUACCAGAAGUGCUACCUUGGUGGUACAAGCCAGAGGUAUCUUGUCCCUUUCAUCAGAAUGCUCCAGGUCAUGACUUAGACAACUGUUUUGCUUUAAAGUUGGAAGUACAGAAGUUGACAAGAGCAGGUAUCCUGACCUUCAAGAACAUGGGUCCCAAUGUGAAGGACAAUCCAAUGCCAAGUCAUGGUCCUUCAUCAGUGAACAAUAUAGAAGUUUGUCUCAAUGAACAACGUGUUACGAAGAUAGAGGAGAUUCGGCGGUCUUUGGUUGAAAUUCAUUCUGUUUUAUGUGCUCAUGGUCUAUUCCAACAUGACCACCAGAUCUGUGGUACAUGUUCAGUCAAUUCAAGAGGUUGUAGAAAGAUUCAAGAUGAUUUGCAAGGCGUCCUUGAUCAGGGUUUGAUUCAGAUUUCUAGACAAGUGAGUUCUCCAGAAUCACAAGAACAAGAGGUGAAUGUCAUCAUUCCUUGCUUCAACAUUCCAGAGAAAGUAGAGAUAGCUUAUCAUCCGAGGGAGCCAGUGGUGAUUUGCCCUCCGGGCCCAAUGCCUUACACUUCAGAUAAAGCGGUCCCCUACCGCUAUGCAGCAACUAUUAUUGAGAACGGUAAAGAGGUCGAGAUUAAAACCUUAGCCUCAGUUACCAAUAUCGCAGCAAAUAGCCGAAUGACGCGCAGUGGCCGCGUGUUCGCUCCGCCGGUUAUCCCAAGUAGAAAUGUUGAGAAAGAUCCAGUAGUCGUGGUACCAGUGACAAGAGAAGCAGAAGGGCAAACAAGCAAUUCAACCCUUGAUAAAGAAACAGAUGAACUACUUAGAAUUAUCAAGCUCAGUGACUACAAAGUGGUAGAUCAGUUGCUACAGACACCGUCAAAAAUCUCGAUCCUGUCCUUAUUAUUGAAUUCAGCUGUCCACAGAGAAGCACUACUGAAGGUGCUUGAUCAAGCCUUUGUAGAACAGGAUAUAACAGCAGAGCAGUUCAACAAUGUUGUAGGCAGCAUCACUUCGUGCAAUGGCUUAGGCUUUUGUGAUGAAGAACUGCCAGAAGAAGGAAAGAAUCACAACUUCGCUCUCCAUAUCUCAGCCAAUUGUCAAGGGGAUUCUUUGUCUAAUAUCCUAAUUGACACCGGUUCAUCUCUGAAUGUCAUGCCCAAGUCUACCUUGGUGAAGCUAAAGUACAAAGGGGGGCAAAUGCGGCACAGUGGAAUUAUUGUGAAAGCGUUCGAUGGAUCAAGAAAACAGUCAUUGGAGAAGUUGAUUUGCCUAUUGGUAUUGGACCACAUGUAUUCCAGAUCACUUUCCAGGUUAUGGAUAUAG